CAGAGGCGGAGGGCGGCGCGGGCGGCGGCGGCGGCGCGGGCGGGCGGCCGAGUGGCAGGAGCGCGGGCCCGAGCGCUAGCGCCCGCCAUGCCCAGCCCCAGCAGCCAGCCCGACGGCGGUGGGGGCGGGGGCGGCGGCGGGCCGGGGGCAGCGGCCGGCAGGGACCCCAGCCCCGGUCCCCGGGCCCCGCCGCCACCCCCGCCCGAGGGCGCAGAGGAGGCCGCACCCGCCCCUCGGCCGCCGCCCGAGCCCGACGACGCGGCCGCUGCGCUGCGCCUGGCGCUGGACCAGUUGUCCGCGCUGGGGCUGGGGGACGCAGGCGACACGGACGAGGAGGGGGCGGCCGCGGGCGGUGGGGACAGUGCGGCGGCGGGGGGCGCGGGCGGCGGGGCGGUGGCUGAGCCCGCGCCCCCCGACGGGCCCGAGGCCGGCGCGCCACUGGCCGUGGCGUCUGCGGUGGCUGUGGUGCCCGGCUCUUUGCCGCUGCUGGACCCGGACGUGAGCCCCCCGCCGCCGCCACCGCCCCGGCCGUCGCCACCCGACGUGUUCGCGGGCUUCGCGCCCCACCCCACGGCCCUGGGCCCCCCGACGCUGCUAGCUGAGCAGAUGAGCGUGAUAGGCAGUCGCAAAAAAAGCGUGAACAUGACCGAGUGCGUGCCGGUGCCCAGCUCGGAGCACGUCGCUGAGAUCGUGGGUCGCCAGGGCUGUAAGAUCAAGGCUCUGCGUGCCAAGACGAACACAUAUAUUAAGACACCUGUGCGUGGGGAGGAGCCCGUCUUCAUCGUGACUGGCCGCAAGGAGGACGUGGAGAUGGCCAAGCGCGAAAUCCUGUCAGCUGCGGAGCACUUCUCCAUGAUCCGCGCCACCCGCAGCAAGGCGGGCGGGCUGCCAGGCACUGCCCAGGGCCCGCCCAAUCUGCCAGGACAGACCACCAUCCAGGUGCGCGUGCCCUACCGAGUGGUGGGGCUGGUGGUGGGGCCCAAGGGUGCCACCAUCAAGCGCAUCCAGCAGCGGACGCACACAUACAUCGUGACGCCCGGGCGCGACAAGGAGCCGGUGUUUGCUGUGACCGGCAUGCCCGAGAACGUGGACCGGGCGCGUGAGGAGAUUGAAGCGCACAUCACACUGCGCACCGGUGCCUUCACCGACGCCGGUCCUGACAGCGACUUCCAUGCCAACGGUACCGACGUCUGCCUAGACCUUCUUGGGGCAGCUACCAGUCUCUGGGCCAAGGCCCCCAAUCCAGGACGGCGGCACCCCACAGCCACGGCUGGUCUCCGCGGGGACAGUGCCCUAGGUGCCCCAAGCACCCCUGAGGCCUUCUACACGGGCAGCCGCGGGGGACCACCAGUGCCAGACACAGGCCCUGCCAGCCCCUACAGUAGCACCGGCAAUGGGGGCUUCACCUUUGGUGGGGACGGCCCUGGUGCCCCUGGAGGGACUGCUGCCCCUGAGGACUGCGACUUCAGUUUCGACUUCUUGGCUCUGGACCUGACCGUGCCCGCUGCAGCCACCAUCUGGGCCCCCUUUGAGCGGGCCCCACCCCUGCCCGCCUUUAGUGGCUGCUCAGCUGUGAACGGGGCCCCAGCGCCUCCUGCCACCAGCGCCCGGCGCAGCAGCGGGACAGGGACCCCCAGCCACUCGCCCACACUGCCUGAGCCCGGUGGCCUGGGCCUGGAGCUUCCCCUGGCCCGCCGCGGUGCCCCCGACCUGGUGGGUGCGCUUCCCUGGCGGCCCCCUCAGGGCUCCCUGCCCUUUCCUGGCGGUACCGCCUUCUCAGCAGCCUCCUCACUGCCCAGCAGCGCCCCAGCAGCCUCCUGCUCCCCGCUGGACUCCAGCACCUCCGAGAGCAACCGCAAGCCCUCAACAGCCGCAACCGUGGCCCCUGGGCCCCCGGCGACGUCAGCCUCCCCAGCCUUGGCACGGGAGUGCGUGGUGUGCGCCGAGGGCGAGGUGAUGGCCGCGCUGGUGCCCUGCGGCCACAACCUCUUCUGUAUGGACUGUGCUGUCCGAAUCUGCGGCAAGAGUGAGCCUGAGUGUCCCGCAUGCCGCACCCCGGCCACCCAAGCCAUUCAUAUCUUUUCUUAGCACGGGCCUCUAUGUGGCCCUGGGCUGGCUGCCACCAGGGCCAGCUGCAGGCAACAGGGGUGGGCAGGGCCAGGGGCGAGGGGGGCCAGACCUGGGCCAGGGGGACCGGGCCAGUGUUUACAGACGAGCUUUAACUCCUGUCCCAAGCGUGGAGACUGCGAGCCCGCGACCCGGCUGCACCUCAUUUCUUAACAAAUAACAGUAUUGAGUCCACAGGUUACAAUAAACCAGAGAGAAAAGGUCUCCUUGCACUUUUAUUUAAGACACCCCCACCUCCAGGGUGAUCUGUAAAAAAAGAAAAAAAGAAAACACAAUUUUUACAACUCUUGGUGUGCUCCUUUUGUACACAGCAGUUUUCUGAUUUCACAGUUUGUUCUCAGCGGCCUCAGACUGUGUAGACAUUUCUGCAAGGAGGAUAGUGACAUUUUUAUUCCCUUUUCCGGGCUAACCGUUUACCCUUUUGUAAGUCAGCCACGCUAGGCUGGAGGGGGGCGGGGGGCAGGGUCCAGGGGCUCCCAACCAGAAAUUUCUAACUUCUUUUUUUGUUUUAAUUAUUAAUCCCCUUCCUGCUGUGGUUUCUGUUGUCAUUUUUUAAUUUUUUUUUUUUUUUUUUUUUUUUUUUACUUUUUACCUCGUGUAUAUGUAGGGAAUUUAUAGGGAAAUAUGUACUUUAUGGAAUAAAUUUUAAGAACUAAAAUAUAUUUUAUUUUAAAUAAAGUAAUGGACCUUUAAUCUUACACAGCUAAAUUACUGAUUAUAUAUUUGCUGAGCUGAUUUAAGGGUUAAAAAAUUGUAUCAAGAGUUUUAUUUUUUGACUUCAAAGCCUUCUUAAUAAAGUCUUUUUACUACAUGUGAA